CGGUCUGUGGACGAAGCCCGGAGCCGCACACCAGAGAACUAGGCGGCGUCCCCGGCGGCGGAGCGUGCAGAGAUUUCCUCUGGGUCAUCCAAAAUGGUUUUAAAACGUACUGGAUAAGAACUGAGCCACCUGCCUGUGUGGGACUUCUGUACUCUCGGCUCCACUGUCUUCGGAUGGCAUUUUGACCGCACCAAAGACAAGUGACCCACUGCUCAUGAUGAGUGACGAGAAGAACCUUGGGGUGUCCCAAAAACUGGUCUCACCUUCAAGGAGCACAAGUAGCUGCUCCUCCAAGCAGGGAAGUCGACAGGACAGCUGGGAAGUGGUGGAAGGGCUGAGAGGAGAGAUGAGUUACACCCAGGAGCCAGCCAUUCAAAAAGGAUUUUUGCUGAAAAAGAGGAAAUGGCCCUUGAAAGGUUGGCACAAGAGAUUUUUCUAUCUGGACAAAGGAAUCUUGAAAUAUGCCAAGAGCCAAACCGAUAUCGAGAGAGAGAAGCUGCACGGCUGCAUCGAUGUUGGGCUCUCGGUGAUGUCCGUGAAAAAGUCAUCAAAAUGCAUAGAUCUGGAUACCGAGGAGCACAUCUACCAUCUGAAGGUCAAGUCAGAAGAAAUCUUUGAUGAGUGGGUAUCCAAACUCCGCCACCACAGAAUGUAUCGUCAGAAUGAAAUCGCCAUGUUUCCACAUGAGGUUAAUCAUUACUUCCCCGGAUCCACUGUCACAGACUCAGCGUCUGGGGUCUUGGACUCCAUAUCAAGUAGGAAGCGUAGCAGUAUAUCAAAGCAGAACUCCAUUCAAACCGGAAGCAAUUUAUCAUUUUCUUGUGCUGGUGAGACGCGAGUUCCAUUAUGGUUACAGUCUUCAGAGGACAUGGAAAAAUGCUCCAAAGACCUGGCGCACUGUCAUGCCUUCCUGGUGGAAAUGAGCCAGCUCCUGCAGAGUAUGGACGUCCUGCACCGGACGUAUUCGGCGCCUGCCAUCAACGCCAUCCAGGGUACAGCUUUUGAAAGUCCCAAAAAGGAAAAAAGAUCUCACAGGAGGUGGCGGUCCAGAGCUAUUGGCAAAGACACUACAGGAACGCUGCAGGUCCCCAAACCUUUCUCUGGCCCAGUAAGACUGCAUUCCUCCAAUCCUAAUUUGUCAACAUUAGAUUUUGGAGAAGAGAAAAAUUACUCUGAUGGCUCUGAAACCUCGUCAGAGUUUUCUAAAAUGCAAGAAGACCUGUAUCAUAUUGCCCACAAAGUUUACUUCACUUUAAGGUCAGCUUUUAAUACCCUGUCAGCGGAGAGAGAGAAGAUGAAGCAGCUGAUGGAACAGGAUGUCUCCUCCCCACCCUCUGCCCAGGUCAUCGGCCUGAAACACGCCCUGUCAUCCGCCCUAGCACAAAACACAGACCUUAAAGAGCGCUUACGCAGAAUCCAUGCUGAGUCUCUGCUCCUCGAUUCCCCCGCUGCCGCCAAGUCGGGUGACAGUCUGGCAGAGGAAAACUCCAGAGAUGACAGCCGAGCUCUGGUCCAUCAGCUUUCCAACGAGAGUAGACUCUCCAUCACUGACUCCCUUUCCGAGUUUUUUGAUGCACAGGAAGUUCUUUUAUCUCCCAGCUCUUCAGAAAAUGAGAUUUCUGAAGAUGACUCCUAUGUCAGUGACAUCAGUGAUAACCUUUCCUUAGACAAUCUCAGUAAUGACCUAGAAAAUGAGAGACAGACCUUGGGGCCUGUGCUCGAAAGCGGCGGAGAAGCCAAGUCCAAGCGAAGAACUUGCUUGCCGGCACCGUGUCCCAGCGCCAGUGCCGUCAGCCUGUGGAACAUCCUGCGGAAUAACAUCGGGAAGGACCUGUCCAAAGUGGCCAUGCCCGUGGAGCUGAACGAGCCCCUGAACACGCUGCAGCGGCUGUGCGAGGAGCUCGAGUACAGCGAGCUCCUGGACAAGGCCGCCCAGAUCCCCAACGCCUUGGAAAGGAUGGUGUACGUGGCCGCCUUCGCUGUCUCAGCAUAUGCGUCUAGCUACUUCCGAGCUGGGAGCAAGCCCUUUAAUCCUGUUCUCGGAGAAACGUAUGAGUGUAUCCGUGAGGACAAAGGCUUCCAGUUUUUUUCAGAGCAGGUCAGCCACCAUCCACCUAUCUCUGCAUGUCACGCUGAGUCUGGAAAUUUUGUUUUCUGGCAAGAUGUGAGAUGGAAAAACAAAUUCUGGGGCAAAUCCAUGGAAAUUGUUCCUAUUGGCACAACCCAUGUGACUCUUCCAGCCUUCCGAGAUCAUUUUGAGUGGAACAAAGUGACCUCUUGCAUCCAUAACAUCUUAAGUGGCCAGAGAUGGAUCGAGCACUAUGGAGAGAUUGUCAUCAAGAACCUGAAUGAUGACUCCUGCCACUGCAAAGUGAAUUUUAUCAAGGCAAAAUACUGGAGCACUAACGCCCGUGAGAUUGAAGGCACAGUAUUUGACAAGGAUGGAAAAGUGGUGCAUCGGCUGUUCGGGAAAUGGCAUGAAAGCAUCUACUGUGGGGGAUCGUCCUCGUCCACGUGUGUCUGGAGAGCAAAUCCCAUGCCAAAAGGCUACGAGCAAUAUUAUGGCUUCACACAGUUUGCCCUGGAAUUAAAUGAAAUGGAUCCAUUGUCAAAGUCUUUAUUACCGCCUACUGACACUCGAUUUAGACCAGACCAAAGGUUCCUGGAGGAAGGGAACAUAGAAGAAGCUGAAAUACAAAAGCAGAGGAUCGAACAGCUGCAAAGAGAAAGGCGGCGGGUCUUAGAAGAAAACUGCGUGGAGCACCAGCCACGGUUUUUCAGGAAAUCCAGUGAUGACUCCUGGGUGAGCAAUGGCACCUAUUUGGAACUUAGAAAAGAUCUCGGUUUUUCCAAACUGGACCAUCCUGUCUUAUGGUGAAAAAGGAAAGAAGAAUGAUACACCCUUAUACUUCUCCUGUGUUUGCUUUCUGAAGCCACAAACCUGUGUCUAUGUACUUAGAAGAAAUUAUCUAGAAUGAUCACCUGUGCUUAGCUUAGCAUUGUAAGUAGUAAAGUAUGUCUUUUCUUCAGUAGGUUUCUUUACAAUUUCAAAUGUUAUCACAAUUGUUUAUAUGAAUGUAGAACACCUUGAUAUUUCAUUUUAUAUAUAAACUAUUUAAUAAACAUGCAAGAUUGAAUGUUAAUGUGUGGGUUAAAAAAGAAGCUUUAACACUAAUUUUCCAAAGGUUAGGAAAAUUCAAACUAAAUUUAUGCCUUAUAAAAUUGUUUUGGAGACAAAAAUUUAUCCAGGUGCAUUAAGAAAUAUGAAUACCCAAGGUUACUCACUCAUGCAUAAGCUACCCGAGUUUAAUUUGGUAACUCGGAUCGCUUUUGGCUCCAGCAGCUCUGGAAUGGCUCAUAGGAAACAAUUCUGCUGGUGCUGGAGUCUGAAGAAUAUUUGUAUUUGUAUUUUGGUAGUUGGGAGGAUGGUACAAGAGUAGUGGAAUGUAUAUUUUUAAUAUCGAACAGAUACGGCGCCUUCCUGAAGAGGAGGAAGCAUUUGAGCUCAUCCCUCCCUAGAGGUGUAUCGCCUUCUGUGCAAAAUUGUACCCUAUUAUGCAGAGAAAUUGUCAUCAAUCUGAGACAUUCCCAUUAAUUAAAUGCUAUAGUGGCAUCCCAGAGACAUGGUAGGAAAUUUCUCCUUAGUGAGAACUGAACUCUUGACAAGUUAAACUGUUUUCUGCUUCCCACCCCAACCCCUGGGUUCCUCACCCUUUACCAUAGCUCUGUGGAGUAUGGAAUGUUCCAGUUUAGCCUAAAACAUACAGUGCAUUCCACACAACAGUUUGACUUUCUAAAAGUUUAGCAAAAUAACGGAUUAUUUUAAAUAAUGCAUUUUUCUUAAAUACUGUUUUGAUAUUUUCUACCUCUUAAUAACACCAUAUUUUAGAUCUUGUAUAAAAAGUUUGACCAUCUGCCUUAUAGACAAAUGUAGAGAAUUGAUGUUCUUCUUUGUGUUGUGUUCUGAUAAAGCUUUGUCUUACCUCUUUCCUACACUUUCUUCUUACUCAUUUUACUCUUCUGUGAGUUUUGCAGCAGUCUUGAAUAAUACAGAUUAUAACCACUAAAAGGAGAAACUUUGUCUUUUUAAAUAUGUUACUUUAAUGUACAAUAAUACAAUUUGUGCAGUAGUUGAAGUGUGUUAUCAAAGCAAAGCCAACUUCUGCCCAGAUUACAUUAAAACCAAAGCCUAAUUUUUAAGCCUUUUAGUCUAAUGUCCAUAACAAUCCUAUGGAAUAUCAAGUAUAAUGGUGUAGUAAAAAGAUUUCUCCAGAAAACACUUACAGAUAAUUAAAUAAUUUCAGAGCGUGUAGAAUUCUGUGAAUGAAAAGUAGAAUUAAGUGAUGGGGAAAAAAGAAUGCAUGAUUUUUUCCAGUGUCACACCAAAUAAACAAGUAGUUGGACAGCACUGCAUUUUCAAAAUGAAGUUAUUUAAAGUGGGUCAGUAGCCUUUUGGACUCUGCAAGUGAUUAGCAUUUAAAAACAAUAAAUGGCUCAUUAAAUAUUACAUUCGUUCCUUCCAUAUCAGGAAAUCAAGAUGAAUACAAUGUGAAUAUCAUUUCCAUUUCUAAGCAGUUUAGAUGACACAGUCCAAUUCUUUGGUAUAUGUGCUUUGUUCUUUUCUUUUCAAACAUGUAUCCGAAUUCUCCUCACACACAGGAAGAAGCAUUCUGUAGAUUUAAGGAGACUCAAGGGAAAACCAAAUCUAGUUUUCACAUUAUGAAGGAAAAUGCAGACUUUGAGCAAUACUGACUACUAAAUAGGCCUCCUCCAGAAGCUGGCUCAAAAAAGACCAAAACAAAACAAAAACCCACCACAAGAAAAGCACGACAGGCAGCCUGAAUGGCUGUAGCUUUGUCAUACAGUAUCUGGAAAUGUUUUAAUUCUCCCGCUAUUUCAAUUGACCUUAUGCUUUAUUUUGGAAUCACAAGCAUAAGUGGACCAAAUACCACCUUGGUAGUCAUCUUAUUUGAGAUGCAAGUGGAGAUAAAUUAGAAUAUGAUAUGGAACCGUAUGCAAAUUUAAAAAGCUACUGGUCAGUAGUACCAGCCCUAUGAAGGGCGUUUCUGAAAUUUAAAUAGCUUAGUGAUAUUAGUGAUAUUAUAAUAGCAUCCUGUUAUUAUAGUCUUAAAACUACCUUGAAGGGGAAAUGGUUUCUUUUUUCCUUCAGUCCCUUUUCUCCAUAGCACCUUCCCAUCUCAUCUGUAGCUCAAGGGCUUUUUCUACUUUUAAGACAAAGAAAACAGAAACAUGUUGUUCUUUGGGAAGAAUGAGGGUAGAAUUUAACUUUCUGGACUUUGAAAAUCCCAAUCCAAUAAUUGCGAUCACCGUGCCAUCUGAGAUAUAUGCUUUAACCUCCAUAUUCUUCCUGAUUAUUCUAUCCCAAAUUGAUGGUGAAUUACAUAUGUAUUCUUGAAAAUGGGAUUCUGGGCAUUCUUGUACUUCGGAUGUCCCUGUGGCCACUAUCGAUUACCCCAAGCUGCAGGAGAUCCUUCUGGAAGAGUCCAGCAGCCUCCGGUGUGGCCUGACAGCAGAUCCCUUCGGCUGCAGGCCCCAGAGCAGAGGCUGGUAUUUACCUGAGUCAAAUGUAAUCAUCGGAAUCCCAAUGUGGCUCUCCCGGCCCUUCACCCCUCAGAAGUCAAGCUGGUUCCGGGACUAACUGAACAGCUGAGUUCACUUUAGGACAA